CCAGGUGCAGUCCGAGGGGCAGGAAGGUCCCGUCGGGUAUAAGGGCAAUGCUCCCGCUCUCCUGAGUAGUCCUGGCCUCUCCGCCCUCCAAAGGUGCUCCAGUGCCGCGCGACUUCCUCUAGCCCGGCUGUGCCGGGGCCUCCCCUCGCUGCUUGCCGCCGCCGCCGCCGCUUUGCUGCUGCUUUGCCGCCGCCUCCGCCUCUGCCUCCUGCUCCAAGAGCCCGGCCCACCCCGCCCACGCGCGCCUGGGCCGCGGCUCUGUGCAGGGCGGGUUUCGGGAAGGUGGAGUAGGUGGGCUGAAUCUGGAACUCUGGGUGCAUUAACAGGUCACAGGUGUGGCUCAGGGAGAACUAGUCCGGUCUAGACAGCUGGGGACCUAGGAUGACCAUCUUGUACAUCCUUGCGAUUGCAAGGAAGGAUUUCAACUGCUCUUAUUAACUGUGUGGACCAAACAUUAUUCAUAUCUGCCUCCAGACUGUCCAGUGGCUCUGCUUCCACUCUCAUCCACCUUGCUUAAGUGGCUCCUUAAGCUUAGAGAGGACGUUCCCUUAAACUUCCGGAAGCUGGACCAAGGAAAUGGACUCAGUGAUCGUUGAGGAUGUGGCUGUGGACUUGACCCAGGAAGAGUGGGCUUUACUGGAUCUUGCUCAGAGGAAACUCUACAUAGAUGUGAUGUUGGAAACCUUCAUAAACCUGGCCUCAGUAGUUUCUCGAGACCUUAGUGAUGGAGAAAAUUUAUCCAGUGAAUAUCUAAUAGUGCAGUUCAUGAAGAAUGACAGCUUGUCCUACAAGUUAGAAGGAAUCAGCGAAUUGCAUGGCAUUGAAGAUCAGCACAAAAACCAGGGGAGACAUGUGAGAGAGCAUACGGAAGUGAACCUCUGUGAAAGUAACGAAGGCAGUAAGUGUGGAAAAACCUUCAGCCAGACUGGAAAUCUUACUGUGUUCGAAACAACUACUCCAGAAGUAAAUACUUCCGGAUGUCAUGAGUCUGGAAGAACCUUCAUGGAUCAUUCAUCAGUUGAGCAUCAUAUCAGAUCUCACAGUGGUUGCAAUACCUAUCAGAGUAAGGAAUGUGGAGAAGCCUACAGUUGUUCCUCUUACCUAAGCACUCAUGUAAAAACUCUUCCUGGAGAGCAACCCUAUGAAUUUAAUGAAUGUGGGGGAGAUUUCUAUAGUUUCUUAUCUUCUCAGACACAUGUGAUCAGUCAUAUGCAUGAAUAUGAACAAUAUUGGAAAGCCUAUACGCAUCCUUCAUCCCUCACAUUACUUAAACAGUUUUAUAGUGGAGAUAAGCCUUAUGAAAGUAAGGAAUGUGGGGAAGUGUUGACUUAUUCCUCAUCCCUCACUGAACAUAUACAAAUUGGAAGUGGAGAAAGGCCUUUUGAAUGUAAGGAAUGUGGGAAAACCUUUCGUUAUUUCUCAGAUCUCACUAGACAUAUAAGAACUCACAGUGGAGAGAAGCCUUAUGAAUGUGAAGAAUGUGGAAAAGCCUUUAGUCAGUCCUCACACCUCACUGACCAUAUGAGAUCUCACAGGGGAGAAAAACCUUAUGAAUGUAAGGAAUGUGAGAAAACUUUUCGUUAUUUCUCAAACCUAACUAGACAUAGAAAAAUUCACAGUGGAGAGAAGCUUUAUGAAUGUAAGGACUGUGGGAAAUCCUUUAGUUGUUCCUCAAACCUCACUACACAUAUAAGAACUCACAAUGGAGAGAGGCCUUAUGAAUGUAAGGAAUGUGGGAAAGCCUUUAGUCGUUCCUCAUCCCUCACUAAGCAUAUAAAAACUCACAGUGGAGAGAGGCCUUAUGAUUGCAAGGUAUGUGGCAAAGCCUUUAGUCAGUUGGCACACCUCACUCUCCAUAUAAGAGUUCACACUGGAGAGAAACCUUAUGAAUGUACAGAAUGUGGAAGAGCCUUUAGUCAGUCUUCUCACCUUACUACACAUAUAAGAACUCAUAGUGGAGAGAGGCCUUAUGAAUGUAAGGAAUGUGGGAAAGCUUUUAGAUGUUCCUCGUCCUUAACUAAUCAUAUAAGAACUCACAGUGGAGAGAGGCCUUAUGAAUGUAAGGAAUGUGGGAAGGCUUUUAGUAAGUUGGCAAACCUUUCUCUCCAUUUAAGAGUUCAUACUGGAGAGAAGCCUUAUGAAUGUAUGGAAUGUGGGAAAGCCUUUAGUCAGUUAGCACACCUCACUGAUCACAUAAGAACUCACAGUGGAGAGAGGCCUUAUGAAUGUAAGGAAUGUGGAAAAGCCUUUAGCCAUUCCUCAUCCCUCACUAACCAUAUAAGAACUCACAGUGGAGAGAGGGCAUAUGAAUGUAAGGAAUGUGGGAAAGCCUUUAGUCAGUCCUCAUCCCUCACUAAACAUAUAAGAACUCACAGCAGAGAAAUACCUUAUAAGUAUAAGGAAUGUGGAAAUGUCUUUAGUUAUUCCUCCUCCUCCUGUAAACAUACUGACUUACAUUGGAGAGAAUCUUUAUGAGUGUAAGGAAUAUGGGUAAGUCUUCAGAUGUCUCUUGUCCUUUGGAAAACAGGCUGGAGAAAAUACAUGUCUAAGUAACGUUGGGUGGCUUUCAUCCCUUAUCUUUUCCCAAACCUGAAAGAGUAUAUGGCAGAGAAAUCAUGUAAGUGUGUAAGGAAUGUGGGAGAUUUUUUUUUUCCUUCCUAUACUUUCAAAGACAUUUGAAUUAACCCAUAUGGAAAAACCCGUUGUCGUUGAGUUGAUUCCAACUCAUAGUGACCCUAUAGGUCAGAGUAGAACUACCUCAUAGGGUUUCCAAGGAGCAGCUGGUGGAUUCGAACUGCCGACCUCUUCGUUAGUAGCUGAGCUGUUAACUGCUACACCACCAGGGCUCCCCAUAUGGAAAAGCCUUACCUAAUUAACCAAACUGACUAUGCGAGAAGUCACACUUAAGAAACAUCAUGUAAAUGUGAGGUACCUGGGAACAUCUACACAUUUUUCCAUUCCUGGCAACAUGUGAGUUAUUACAUUGUGGCUCAAUCUUAGGAAUGUAAAAGGUGAUGGAAACCUUCAGUGUCCCUCCUCAGGACGCCCAUGAGACCUCACAGUGGAGAGACCCGGUGACUGUAAGUAUUGUAAGAAAGCCUUCAAACACUUCAUUUCCCUUUGUGCACAAAAGAAUUCAUACUGGGGAAGAAAGUUACUCAAAUUUACAAGUGUAGAAUUAGCCAUUCCCAUAACCCCUUAUGCAUAGAUUUCCACUUUGUUUUUUCUGAUGUAAACAUUAAGGUGAUAACUAUCACUCUUAAGUACCCUUUCAGUUCUGAGACAUGUAUUUUGAUAAGUAGUAUUUUCAUUUUGGUUCAUUUGCAUAAAUUUUUUUUCAGUGUAAAGUUUUAUUAACACAAGUGUGUUGAGGUAUUUCCUUUUUUAUCAACUAUGUUAAAACUUAAUAUUAUUUCAGAGUAUAAAGCAGCAUGUUCUCAUGAUAGAAAAUUUCAACAGAAAAAUGUAUGGUAAAGCAGAAAUCACUUAGAAUCUCACUACUUUUGGUAUUCUCAGUAUUUCACCCUUGUACGUGAAGAAAUGUUUUUACAGUCAGGAUUGUACUGUGUAUAUAGUAUUACAGUGGACAUGUUUUCUGUUGCAUCUCAUUUACACUCCCAAAUACUGUUGUGAUCCCUGGAAUACUGAUGAGGAAACAGUCUAGAAAGUUUGACCUCAGAUUGCCACCAUCCCACAGAAGUGUCCCUCUCUCAAAUGAGGGUUUGAGAAUCAAGGUUUGUAUGGAAGGACAGCUCAUUCCUGGACCUAAGGUGAUAGUAGGUCCACAGAGAGCCCCAACCUGACCUACCUGCAGUGAAGCUUCUGUUUUGCACAGGCCCAGAGCUUGUGCUCAGUGACAGGGUAUUGGUUUUGAUAAUUCUGACUGUUCAAGAGUCUGUGCUGCACAAGGAGCUAAGACUGUAGGGUCUGGGCUGGAAUAGUGGCUGUUGCUCCACCUGAUACAAACACCCACUAUAGACCCUGAAGAAGAUGGGAGUGCAUCUAGGGUUCCUUAAAAGGGGGGAUGAGUCAAAGGGCCGUUGGGUCUGAAGGUUUAUCCAGUGCCACUGUGUCCCUUGCUGAUGUGGGAGCUGCUUUACUGACUCCUCAUGUAAAGGGUCUGGGAAAUGGUGGUCAAAGGUAUGAGAAGCUUCUUAAUUAAGCCUUUGCUUAAAACAGCAAUUCUCUGUGGAAUCAUCCUAUGGAAAUCCAUGGGCAUAAUGGUGUUGAUGUUAUGUCACAGUCGAGUCUGUUCCAACUCAUAGUGCCCCUAUAGGACAGAGUAGAACUGCCCCAUACGGUUUCCAGGGGGUGGCUGGUGGAUUCGAACUGCCAGCCUUUUGGUUAGCAGCCAAGCUCUUAACCAUCAAGCCACCAGGGCCCCCAGUUAAUAGUAGUGAUAGAUAAUGGAAACUCUGAGAGUCACGUUCGCCAGGAAGGGAGUUGUUAGGUAAAUGCCUAGCCACACAUCAGAGUGUUGAGCUGCCACUAAAUGAGUUUUUUUCAAAAAAGUUUGGAUCAAAGGAGAGGCAGUCAUAGCAUGAUAUGUGAAAGGCUGAGUAUCAAACUGUACAUGAUGUCUGUUUGUAAAAGAUUUACAUAUAAAUGGUUUACAUUUUUUUAAAUGCCAACAAACUAGUAUGUAGAAACAGUCCAUCCUAGAACAUUUAACAUUCUCCCCUGAAGGUGAGAUUAUGAGUGGUUUCUUAUUUUGCUUCUCCAAUUUUUUUUUUUACAGUCAUUGUUUAAUUGCUUAUAAAAUUUUUAACUAUUUCUAAAAUUUCAAAAUGGUAACUCCCUUUUGGAAUGUAUCGAAUCCCUGGUGGCGGAGUUGUUAAGUGCUGCGGCUGCUAACCAAAGGGUCGGCAUUUCGAAUCUGCCAGGUGCUGCUUGGAAACUGUAUAGGGUAGUUCUGCUCUGUCCUAUAGGGUCACUAUGAGUUGGAAUUGACUCGAUGGCACUGGAUUUGGGUUUUGGAAUGUAUAGUUAUAUGACUUGACAAAUGCAUUAAGUGGUGUAAUCAUUCGAACAAUGAAAGUACACAAUACCACUCUUCCCUCCGAAAA